AUGAAGCCCUUCAGUACUGGCAUCAACUCCUCUUGCACUACCAACGGCAAGAAGAAGAAGAAGAAGAGUCACCUUCCUAGUAUGCUGUCGCCGAGACUGGGUUCAUUGAGUUGGCGACCGCGAACGCAAGAAGAGAUGGCUCGAAAGAAACACCGCAGAGUGAUCAGCCAACAUCUCAAGAAGAUUGGUAAAGGAGCAGGACGCGAACUAUCUCUCGAUCACAAUGGUGUUUGCUGCUUUACCUUCAAGAAGUUUGUUGUCGUUUUGGAAGUCCCUGAAGAGAACAGCGAUGUUUGCCUCGUCUACUCCAAAGUCUGCCAUGUCUUGCCAGAAGAGAAUAUUGCAGAAGUGAAGCGAAUCAUUGAGGUUUUCAACGAACGACAACAGCGAGGUAGCAGUAACAAUGACAUUCCGGACUCGUCGUCAAUCUCGGAGAGCACCGAUUCCAUCAGCGAAGCGGCAGAUCCUCUGCAAGCCACCACGAUGCUCGCCAUGAAAGACGAGGAAGAAGUGAAUCUCAUCUUUUCCGUCCCAAUUCAAGGACUCUCCUUCCAAGACACUGCCGAUCACUUGGAGCGGUUCAUCAAGACAGCAGUCUUGGCCAAUCGCAAGCUGCACAAGGCGAAAAUCCUGCCCAUUCCAAUGCCACAACAAGAACCACUGGAUGAAUCCUCAUCGUUUCGAGGUCGUCGCCCUCGCAUGUGGUCAGUGGAAUCGCAAACAUCCAUCUCUGACCUGUCACAAGGGGGUCUCUUCUCCUUAUUUGCACGGUGA